AAUUAUAAUGUCAAUAACGAUUUCAAAUUGCUUCUAAAUUUGCAAUUCUCCCUUGAAUUACUCAAAAUCAAAAUAUUUAUAUUCAUUUCCUAAAUCUCAAAGAUUUAAAGAAGAUACAAAACCAAACUGUGAAAAAAUAUGUUAUGAUUUACCUUCUGUAAUCGACAAAAGAAAAGCAGGUAUAGGAUAUGGAACUAAAUAUGAUUUUACAAAAUAAAAUAAGAAAACCCCUGCCCCAAAUACAUAUAAUGUUUAAUCUGAUUUCGAAAUUUAAAAGUAACACCAUAGAGGAUUUUAAUUUGGAGUUUCAAGAGAACUUAUGGAAGUAACAGGAAUUAUGGGCAACUUGAAUAAAAAAAAUCCUGGACCUGGUACAUAUCCAAACUCAAGUACUUUAAAUAAAGUGGCAUUUAGUUUUAGAUAAAGAACAGCUAAUGAUGAUCCUUUAAAUAGUAAAACUAAAUACGUUCCAGGACCAGGAAGUUAUCCUAUACCCACAGCAAUAUCUUCUAAUGGAAGAUAUUUUAAUUCUAAAUUUAAUUCUUCCGGAGCAUUAAAUUUCAAUCCUGCUCGUUCUAAACGUUUCCCAGAUUAGAAUAGAAAUUAAGCUCCUGGGCCUGGUGCUUAUGCUCCUAAUACUGGAAUUUCUAAAGUCGGAAAUUAUUUUGUGUCAAACUUCUAAUCUUCAAAAUGCCGUACUUUUUCUCAUGGAAUUAGAAAUACUAUAUCUAAUGAAAACUUUAAAAAUACUUUAGGACCUGGAGCUUAUAGAUUACCAAGUGAAUUUGGUUAUUAUUAGUCUAAAUAUAAGGUAUAGUAGGAUAGUCAAAUAUUAAAGACUGAAAGUCCUUCUAAAUAAUAAUGAUUGAACUUAUAUAUUUCAAUUGGAAAAAGGAAACAAAUAUUUUUUAUAUUAUUUAUUAUAAAUAUAAAUAAAUAUAUAUUAUAU